UGCAAGAUAUUGCAGUGUUUGUGAUGAGUUUGUUUGUUAUAAAUCGGUACGAGGGAGAGGAGGUUAAGUCAGUAGACCCUCAAUAUAACCAUCUUAAUGAACUGCUUAAACGAGUCGCUGAAAGAAAGGCAGAGAAAGAAGCCCAACAAGCAAAAAAGAAAGCUGUCAAGGCAAGAAAGGCAGAGAAAGCAAAAGCUGAAGGUUUAAAAAAAAAGAGUAAAAAGAAAAAGGCUCCAAAGAGAAAACUCGAGCCAGAUAAUGAGAAGAUUGAUGAUCAGGAUGAGGGAGGUAUCAAAGAGGACAAUGUUUCGGACAAACCGGAAGAACUGCCUAAGAGUGAUCAGCAAGAGUUUACGAUUCUUGGGAGUCACAAAAAAGCCAAAACUCAAGUCGUUAAGAGGGUCUUGCCUCAUUGGCUCACGCAUGCCGAAUUAGUGUCUGCAGACUUGCACAAUGGUCCUAGAUUAGAAGAAAUGCAGGACCUUUUAGAUUCUAAGCUAGUGGACAUACUCAAGGCUGAUGGUAUUGAUAAAUUAUUUCCUGUGCAAUCACAAGUCUUGUCUUGGCUUAUCAAAUGUGAUAGAGACUACAAACUCGGAAGAUGGGUUAGAGAUACGUGUGUGUGCAUGCCUACGGGAAGUGGCAAGACUUUGGCUUAUGUGCUUCCGAUCAUUCAACUGCUUCAAAAUAGUUUUAUUCAGAUGGUCAGGUGUCUUAUAGUCUUACCUGUUCAAGAACUUGCUACUCAAGUUUAUAAAGUUGUACAAAAGUAUUCCAGUAGCACAUCACUGAAAGUGGCAUUAAUUUCUGGUGCUUCAUCAUUCAAAGAAGAACAACAAAAACUUGUCAAAAAAACUGAAAAUGGAAAUUUCACCAGUUUGGUUGACAUAGUCAUUGCCACACCUGGACGCUUGGUAGAUCAUAUCAGGAAGACUGAUGGAUUCUCCCUAUCGGCCCUUAGGUUUUUAGUCAUCGAUGAAGCGGAUCGCACUACAGACUGGCUGCAGUACAUACCGUUUCCACACUCCAAAGCUCCGCCUCUUACAUUAGGAAAUAUUCGCUCUUGUUUGAACACUCCAGCACAGAAAAUACUUCUGAGUGCAACUUUAUCGCAAGAUCCUGAAAAAUUAAGCAGGUUAGGCUUAUUCAGACCUAUACUGUUUACAUCGGCGGUCGUCGAUCUUGAGAAGCUUGACAGGGACUUGAAUCUCGACAAAAAUUUAAAUAACUUUACCAGCCGUUAUGGAAAUCCAAGUGAAUUAACUGAGCGAGUUGUCGAGUGCACACUUCAGUACAAGCCACUUGCGCUUUUCAAACUCUUAACAGAAAGUGAAAAAGUUGAUAAAACUUUGGUCUUUACGAAUUCGGGUGAAGCUGCCCAUAGACUGGCAAUACUUUUGCAAUCUUUGAUUAAAAGUAAGGAUGUAGUUGUUGGUGAACUUUCGGCGCAGUUGAGUUCCAAGCAACGAGAAGAGACACUUGAAAAGUUUACCCAAGGGACAGUGAAAAUACUUAUCAGUUCAGAUGCAUUAGCCCGAGGAUUGGAUAUUCCUGAAAUAAAGUUCGUCAUUUCAUAUGAUUUUCCAAAGCACGUGAAAGGAUACAUUCACAGAGCUGGUCGAACGGGCAGAGGUGGCAUUCCAGGCACAGCCAUAUCUUUGCUUCUAUCAAAUCAAACUGCUCUUUUUGGUAAAAUGCUGAGCAAAGUCGGUAAAACGGUACCUACCGUAGAGAUGCUAGAUUUGGAAGAAUUUGCCAAGACUGUCGAUUACCAGAGCCAUUUGGAGAAUUUGAAAUCUGCCCUAACUAGCGAACAAGAAUUAAAUCUCAAACGGUUAAAAAAUCACAAACGUAUGGUCAAAACGUGAUGCUAUUAUCUGUGUAAAUAAACAUAAUAUGGGUAAGCUGUGAAUAAAUUGUACUAUAAUAAUGAAUAACAUCCAUAAUAACAUUUUAUUGUCUGAAGUUAAUAGUAUUAUACAUAGUACACGUAUGUACCUCUUCCGCUUCACAGAUGAUCUCAGAUUCAGCUUAAUUCCGUAUAACAUAACACUUGUAUCGUUCCACUCAUUCUUAUUGCCUUUAAGGUAAUCAUUCGUAAAUUAAAAUUUUAUAUGUCAAUAAUUAGCUGCAAUUUAUUUUUUGAAUAAUUAUUAGGCUCGACCAAAUAC